AUGGGACAAAAAAUAAAUCCACUUGGUUUUAGACUUGGUACAACCCAAGGUCAUCAUUCUCUUUGGUUUACACAAGCAAAAAAUUAUUCUGAGGGUCUACAAGAAGAUCAACAAAUAAGAAAUUGUAUUAAAAAUUAUGUUCAAAAGAAUACGAAAAUAUCCUCUGGGGUAGAGGGAAUUGCACGUAUAGAGAUUCAAAAAAGAAUCGAUUUGAUCCAAGUAAUAAUUUUUAUGGGAUUCCCAAAACCAUUACUAGAAAAUCAACCACGAGGAAUCGAAGAAUUACAGACGAAUCUACAAAAAAAAUGUAAUUCUGUGAACAGAAAAUUUAACAUUGCUAUCACAAAAAUUGCAAAACCUUAUGGAAACCCUAAUAUUCUUGCAGAAUAUAUAGCUGGGCAAUUAAAGAAUAGAGUUUCAUUUCGAAAAGCAAUGAAAAAGGCUAUUGAAUUAACUGAACAAGCAAAUACAAAGGGAAUUCAAGUCCAAAUUGCAGGUCGUAUCGACGGAAAAGAAAUUGCACGCGUCGAAUGGAUUAGAAGGGGUAGGGUUCCUCUACAAACCAUUCGAGCUAAAAUUGAUUAUUGUUCCUAUACAGUUCGAACUAUCUAUGGUGUAUUAGGCAUAAAAAUUUGGAUAUUUAUAGACGAGGAAUAA